AGAAUUAAAAAACUGAAAUCAGUUUUUGGUACUCUCUCAUUUGUGACGGUUCGGUUUGGUUCGUCGGAUACCCUUGUCUGGCAUUAUUCGUCCACUGUUCACUUUGUGUAUACUUUCUCUUCCUUUGCUGUCUGACUUGUCUGUCUAUAGGUUCGUCUUGCAGGAAUCGUUCGAAGUCGUAAAAACAAAAAGUUGACCAACCGCAUAUUACCUAUUUCCCAGAACCAGGAACACAACUUAAGGAUAUUAACUUCUGUCUUUCUAAAUUCUCAAGUCGUAUCAAGAAAAAAAGUUUAAGGAAAUAAGAAACAAAGCGUAAUUUGACAGUUCGUGUUGUAAAGGUGUGUUCGAUUACAAAAUAGCAAAAAAAAAAGAGAAUAAAAAUAAAAAUGCUUAUCGGGCCAGUGACAGUUCAGAGUUCAAUUUAAUUGAAUUCGUUAUUGGUGCAAAAAAGAAAAGUGAUAACAAAAGUGACAAGUUGUGCUCAUUUUUUAAACGUACAUAAAUCCUUACAGUAUUCUAUUAAUCUUAAAUAAAGUGCAACUGAAGCGCAGAAAACAGCAACAGAAGCAGCAUCAAGAAAAUCACAAUCAUGCAUGUCUACUACAAAUUUGGAUUAUUUCUCAUAUUUAUUGUUUCUAUGAGUAAAAACUUCACUCAAGCAUUUCCAUCAUCAAAUCAAACCAACAGUUCUGAUUAUAAUUAUGAUGGCGAUUAUUAUGAUGAUGUAGAUGAAACCACAACAAAUCAUCCAACAAGUACAACAUAUAAACCAACAAUAAGUAAAAACUUCCUAACAGAUCUGUUCGAUAGCUCAUUCAGUGAUUCAAAUCAAUCAUUGGAUAAAGAAGAAGAUCAACUUCAAAGAACAAAUGAAACACCAAAAUGUCCAAAUAAUUGCAUUUGUCAAAAUUACAAUACAAACGUCAGUUGUUCCGGUAUGGAUUUGACAACCAUUCCAACAGACAUUCCACCAACAGCUGAACGCUUAGAUUUAAGUCAUAACAAAAUAACGGAAAUCCCUGUGGGAGUAUUUAGCAGUAACUCGAAGUUGAAGGAAAUCAAUUUGGAUGGAAAUAUGAUAGCACAUAUUGACAAAGAGGUUUUCAGUAGUCUGCCAAACCUAGACUAUCUAUCUUUAGCUAACAACAAACUGACAGAUGUAGCAGCAGACACCUUCACUGAAGCAUCUGAGCUGAGAGUUCUAAACCUGAGUAAUAAUUCAAUAGUUUUGCCCACAGAAGGUUCAUUUCUAAAUCAGCCGGUGCUGAGAGAGCUUUUACUAAGAAACUCAAGUCUCACUGAACUUUACGAUGAGACAUUUUCUAAUCUGAGUGGUUUGCAUGUACUCAAAAUGGACGGAAACUCAUUUAAUAAGAAAAUCAAUACUCUAGCUUUUCAACCUUUGAAAGAACUCAUCAAAUUAAAAUUACCCGAACUCCAUCAAGAUAAUAUAGAAGAGCUCUGUAAUGUUUUAAAAGCAAUAGAUAAUAUAAGUCUUAAACGCUUCGAUAUUAGCUGCUUCCAGCUAGUCAAUGGAGAUACCUUUAAUCAGAGCUUAAUCUUUGUCACAGAUGCGCCAUCUUUAAUUCCAACAAAAACUACAGCUUCUACUACUUCCAAGCCCACUAUGAAGUCUGUCAACGCAUCAGCUGUGGCUAUGGAUGUGAUGACGAAUGCCAAUUUGUCAGAGUUAGAGCCAUCCAGUGACGGAGGUGCCGCAGCCAUGGAAGGAACUGAGCUUCCACACAUACUCGCCACCACGGCUUCGUCGUCAACUGAGAAGGCAGCAUAUCAGGUGCCUAUUUCUCAGGAAGCCAUAAAUUACGCCCUGAUAAGUAUCAUCGUAAUUGCCGUCAUUGGCCUAAUUAUCGGGUUCAUUUGUCGAAAAGACUUUGGAGGAAUAAAGACAAAGUGCUGUAGAACGCGGAAACCACCGCCGGGGGACCAAGUGAGGCCAGCUGAAGAAAUUCCAUUGAAUAAAAUUGGAUAAGCUAAAGAAACAGUCUGGCCGACAAAAACCGAACAGCAAAGGAAAAUUUAAAAAAACAAGUCUAUUGUAAGAUAUAGGCACAAUUAUUUAAUUAAGUAUUUUUGUUUUUUCUUUCUCUGCAAAAGGACCAAUAUUGCAACCAACAAGAACAGAAAUCAGAAAAAUCAUAUUUGUUAAUGUAUUUAUUAAAUUAAAACGUUUUUUUAAGUAUUUGCAUCUUUUGUUAUAUAAUAUGUAGGUCAUAUGUCAAAUUCCUUAAUUUAAAGUUUGUUAUUUAAAGAAAAUGGUUUGUUCUUCAUGUUUAAUGAAUUAUAUCAAAAUGCUAAUAAAUUGCCAAUAGUUUUGUUUUUGUUAAAGAAAUAAUAAUAUUGAAAUAGUUUAAUUAUUUAAGAGAAUAUUCUUUUAAACAGCCAAUUAUAUUGUGUUCCAUAAUGAAAAAUAUGUAUGUUUACAAUAUUGAGAAGUUUGUUAUUACUUUUUUGUUUCUUAAAUUAUGUGUUUAGUGUGUAGAAGAAGAUUAAUUUAAUUAUUAAGGAAUAUUUAUAAGUUUAAGAUGCCUAGUCCUAAAUAAGUUUAUAUCAAUGUAGGAUGUGCUCGCAGCAAUUUACUUCCACUAUAAGUUGUUAUACACAAAAUUCAAACAAAAACAAAAAUAGAAUUCCUUGUUGGAAUGCACAAAACCAACAAAAUUUUUUGACAUUUAAUAAUUAUUAAAUAAAUAUAAAAUUGAUAUUGAGAUGGUUUAAAGAAA